AAACGAACACGUCUUAAGUAAAGUCACGGUCUCCUGGAGGUAUCUAACCCAGCCAUACCAUAAUACAACUUGCCCGCGCAGUUGCUCAGUGUCUUGUGUCAGUCUAUCGUUUUUUGAAUGUUCAAAAAAAAUAAAAACCCCUCUCUCUCUCUCUCUCAUCUACGGUUCUAACGGACCGCUCUUUCUCUCCGUCUCCCUUUUCUCUCGUCUCUCGCAUUUCCUUUUCUCUCUCUAGAAUGUUUCUGUUGAUUAAGAUCUACUAAACAGAAUGUGUUAGGGAUUUUCUGAUUAUUUUCUCGGAUCCUUCCUUUUUUCUUUUGUGGCAUGUUUCUUCUCAGAAUUCCCGAUCUAGACUUUGUUCUUUGUAAUGAGUGAAAAUGGAAGCAUUCCGGUUGAGGAAGUCUAAUAUCGCGGACUUAAGUGAUGAUCAUAGCUCCAGUCGACGAUUCAAACACGGGAUUCGUUUCCAGGAAACAAGCAGGUUCAGAGACACAGAAACUUUCCAAAAUUGGCCUCUGAUUCUAGUUCUCAGAAUACCGACAUUACUACUCGUGAAGAUCCGGUCAUGUAUGAGUUGGGGUGGAGAUCUUCAAAACAAGCAACGGGAACGCCGAUAAAGAAGUUAUUAGCUGAAGAGAUGUCUAGAGAAACUGAAUCCAGAAAAAAGUCACCAGGUGUUAUUGCCAGAUUGAUGGGCUUUGAUGGGCUGCCACCUCAGCAGCUUGCUCACAAACAACAAAAAAGGUCAUCUGAUAACUAUCUACAGAGGGUAGCAUUAUCGGAGAGGUCUCUAAAGAGUAGCACAUCAUGUAGCCGCCGGUCCCCGAGACGAAGCUCAAAGGAAGAACAAGAAUUUAAAGAUGUGUUUGAAGUUUUAGACAUGGGAAAAAUGGAGACUAAUACUUCCUCACUGCAGGGGACUGCAAACUCAAAGCUCACUGAAGCUGAGAUGGCAUUUGUUAAGCAGAAAUUCUUGGAUGUCACACGUCUUUCAACUGAUGAAAAAUUUCAUGAUUCAAAAGAAUUUCAUGAUGCAGUUGAUGAUUUGGACUCCAACAAAGAUCUUCUGCUAAAAUUUCUUGAACAGCCAGAUUCAUUGUUCAAAAGGCAUCUACAUGAUCUGCGAGCUGCCCCUUCCUCGCCCCACUGUAGUCAUGUAUCAGGUAUGAAGUUAUCACGUGCUUCUGAGUAUGAAGGCAGGGGUCUAGGGUGCAACAGAGAGAUAGAAACUACUUGGAAAUAUGGCAGGAAAAACCAUAGUGAUCCUCUUAGUCACUCUUGCAGUAAACGUGCUGCUCAUGAUCCACCCAAGUCAUCAAAAAUUCAAGUAGAAAGCAAAGUUGAUUCUUCUGUUAUUCCUACAAGGAUUGUUGUGCUGAAACCAAACUUUGGUAAAGUGCAGAAUGCUAGCAGAACAGUUUCAUCUCCUCGCACUUCUUACGAUUUUCUUUCAGAUUGUGAUAGACAGAUGGAUCUUCCUAGCACCAAUGGGGAGUCAGAACUAUGUGGAAGCAGAAGGUUUCCUAAUGAUGUAGGACUUCCGAGAUACAAGUCUAGAGAAUCUAGAGAAAUUGCAAAGGAGAUCACUAGGCAAAUGAGAAAUAGUAUUGAAAGUGGUUCUCUGAAUCCCUCAACCUCUGGAUUUAGAGGAUAUGCUGGGGAUGAGAGUUCAUCGAAUAGGUCUGACAAUGAGUCAGCUAAUGAAUCAGAUGGGCCGACAGUGAUUUCUAGAAAUGCAAUUGGUUGGAGCAACCGAUACAGGCCCUCAUCAUCCCGCUCUGCUGAGUCAUCUGUGAGCAGGGAGGCUAGAAAGAGGCUCUCAGAGAGGUGGAAAAUGACUCACAGAUCUGUAGAUAUGGGAGUGGCCAGUAGGGGCAGCACACUAGGUGAGAUGCUUGCUCUGCCUGAUAGGGAGGGGCGGCCAGCAAAUGCAGAUGCCAUGGUCAAUGAGAAAGGAUGCAGUCAUAAACUUGUUAGCAAUGACAGGCCAACAGGGUGGGUUGAACCUUUAGGUAUUAGCAGUAGGGAUGGCUGGAAGGAUGAAUGUAUUAGAAGUCUUUCUAGAUCUAGAUCUGUUCCUGCCUCAUUUACUACUGGUGGCAGUCCAAAGAUAGGUAUGCGCCCUGAGACACUUUGCAAAGACAGUUACCUGCUACCAAAAGAAGUAACAAAGAAGACAAGAAUUAAGUCAGUAAAGGUUAAUUUCAACCAGAGAGAAGGUUCAUCUUCUAGAAAUUCAAGAUCUCAUUUUAAAAGAUCUCAUUUCUCUGAGGGCACAUGUAGCGAUCAGAGUGAAGUGUCACCGGAAAUUUGUUUCAGCAGUAAGCAAGUGCAGACCAGUAUCAGCAAGGAUAAUCUGUUUGAACAAUUUCACAAGGUUUCUGAGACAUCAGCUACUGCUGUCACAGAUGUGAGUUUCAUUCCUGAAAAAGUGGUGGAUGUGGCAAUUGAGAAUGUGCCAAUACCUUCUGAGCCUACUGAUCCAGAAUUACCAUCUUUUAUGUUGCUGAAGGGCAAUCCCUCUACUAGUGGCCCUGAGGUUGCAAAUUCACAGGAGCAAUCAAAUGCACUGCCUGCGAAAGGUUCUGUGCCUGCACAGCGUCCUGCAACAGAGCUAGCAUCACUAGAAAGUUCCAAGGAGGCUGAACAACCAAGUCCUGUUUCAGUUCUCGAAACUCCAUUCCCAGAUGAUCUAUCUUCUAGUUCAGAAUGCUUUGAGAGUCUCUGUGCUGACCUACAUGGACUUCGGAUGCAGCUUCAGCUACUUAAAUUGGAGUCUGAAGCAUAUGCUGAGGGACCCAUGCUCAUAUCAAGCGAUGAAGAUCUUGAAGAAGGCUCUGUUGGAACUUCUGAAGAGAAAGGAAAACCUGAAGAGAGCAGGGAAUUUUCCUACGUAGUUGAUGUAUUACUAGAAUCUGGUAUCAGUGAUGCUGACCCUAAUACCUUCAUGGCGUCAUGGCACUCCUCUGAAUGCCCCGUAAAUUCUGUGGUAUUUGAAGAACUCGAGAAGAAGCAUUGCUAUGUGAAGUCUUGGCCAAGAUCUGAAAGGAAGCUGCUAUUUGACCGUAUAAAUUCAGCUCUCUUGGUGAUCAACCAACAAUUUGCAGAUCCACACCCGUGGGUGAGGCCUGCAACAGCAAUUGCUUCGAGGUGGAUUAAAAACGGACUUGAGGAUGGCAUCCACGAAUUGCUUGCUAACCAGGACAUGAAAGCAAAUAAGGAUGCAGCAGAGAAGGCGCUGGUAAUGGAUCUACAGUGGCUGGAUUUGAGGGACAAUAUUGAUAUAGUCGGUAGGGACAUCGAGGGACUGCUGAUAGAAGAGUUACUGAAAGAGAUAGCGGCAGUGUAGAGACUGAGAGCAGAAGGGCGCCUUCGGUUUAGGAAGUCAGGUAUAUACAGAAAAAGAAAUGAAAUUGAAAGCAAUGGAAUACUCAUUCCUAUUAAUAAAUUGAUAGAAACCCCCUAACUGCACAACAUCCAGAUUGCUGCUGAUUUUGGAGACUAGUGCUCCAAAGCAAGAAUGAGCUUAAAAUGGAAAUCACAAUCUGCAAGAAUGAUUGCAUUUGCAUGUCUCAACUCAAAAGUAAAGAUUUUACAAAUUUGAGGGCAGAUGUCCCUUUCAAUUCUAUAGGUAUUCGAAUGUAUCCAAUGAUUACCCAAUAUAAGCUAAUGCUUAAGCUGCUUAAUAUGCUAAGAAUAUUAUAAGUUAUUAUACAUAUACCUGUGCGAUGGGUUUAUGUAUGAGAGCUGAGAAGUGAUUUUAUUUUUUAUUUUUUAAACAAAAUUGAAUAAGUGAUUAUAUAAAGAUCUAAAAAACUGUAUCAAUAAUUUAUGUUCAUUAUUUUAUCAGUAGAUGA